AACCAUUACCAUUCAAACCCCUUACAUUCAACUUUUUUUUUUUAUUCGCCAUUCAAACCAACAAUGCACCGAACACCAUUAACAAUGUCAAUACACAUGCUGCGCGCAAGGACCAUUGCUACCGCAGUUCGUGCCACCGCAAACAUCCCUAUCUCUCACAAUCUGAGACGUGGUACAUUGAACUGGAAGGGGAGUAGUCUGAACUUUUCUACCACCGGAACUGGGAAUGGAACCAUGUUUGCAGCAAGUGCUGCAGUAGGACUUGCCUCAACAUCUGCAUCCCCCGGUGCAGGAGAUGCCGGCUCGGCUUCAAACUUCUUUUCUCUCAAAGCCAAGGAUAAAGGCCAUCAAGAGGUUGAUUUGUCCCAGUAUGCGAACAAGGUUAUCCUGGUCGUGAAUGUGGCCUCCCGAUGUGGAUUUACGGAGCAAUACACAGAGUUGGAGCAGCUUUACAAGGAUUACAAGGACCGAGGAUUUGUUGUCAUUGGAUUUCCUUGCAACCAAUUUGGAGCACAAGAACCUGGUUCAAAUGAAGAGAUUGAGAAGUUUUGCAAGCUCAACUAUGGAGUGACAUUCCCCAUCAUGGAUAAGAUCGAGGUCAACGGUAAUAACGAAGAUCCGGUCUAUGCUUUCCUCAAGUCACAGAAGUCUGGCCUGAUGGGUCUGACACGGAUCAAGUGGAAUUUUGAGAAAUUCUUGGUCAACAAAGACGGCACAGUGUAUAAGCGCUAUUCAUCCGCUACAAAGCCCAGCAGCAUAGCUGAGGAUAUCGAGAAGUUGUUGUAAUGCUAUCAUUUUGAGUCAUUAACCUGACUUCAUGUCAGUAAAACCAUAACAGGCGGAAGGAAUGAAAUAAAAAUAAUAAUAAAAAAACGUAUGUGGCAUAUUAUGGGCACAAGCGUAUGCUUUGCUUGUCUAGA